UCGGGCCGGGAUCGCGCGGGGCCGGGCCCAGGCGGGGCGAGGAGCGGGGGCCGGGGCUGGGCCGGGGCCGGAGGGACGAGGAGAGGAGAGGAGAGGAGCGGGGCCUCGGCCCGGGGGCUCGGCCCGGUGCCCGCCCGCAGGUGCAGCCAUGCAAGAAAAUAUACGUUUUGCAUCAUCAGGAGAUGACAUCAAAAUAUGGGAUUUCUCAUCUCUAACUGUGGUGGAGCAGUUCAACCCACAUACGCCCUCACAUCCAGUCAAUUCGUUAUGCUGGGCCAGCAAUAAUAGAUACCUGGCCACUGCUUCUGCUGCAGGUGAUAAAAUAGUUGUUUCAAGCUGUAAAAGCAAACCUGUUCCACUCUUUGAAAUAGCUGAAGGAGCAAAACAGACAUGUGUGAGCUUGAAUUCUAGUUCUUCAUAUAUUGUGAGUGGAGGCCUUGACAACACUGUUAAUAUCUGGGAUUUGAAGUCCAGAAAGAUUUACCGCAGCCUAAAGGAUCAUAAAGAUGAAGUCACGUGUGUUGCAUAUAAUUGGAAUGAUGGCUACAUUGUUUCUGGAUCUUUGAGUGGUGAAAUCAUCCUACACAGUGUUACCACCAAUUUAUCAAGUACUGCCUUUGGUUAUGGCAGCAGACAGCCURUUCGACACUUGAAGUAUUCAUCCUUUAAGAAAUCCUUGCUGGGCACCGUUUCUGACAGUGGAAAUGURACUCUCUGGGAUGUAAAUAGCCAGAACCCAUUUCAUAAUUUUGAAAAUACACAUAAAGCACCAGCCUCAGAAAUCUGCUUUUCUCCAGUCAAUAAGCUGCUGCUUGUAACUGUAGGUUUGGAUAAAAGAAUUAUUCUCUAUGACACUUUAAGUAAAAAGUUACUGACAACAAUAGUAGCUGAUUUUCCUCUGACCACAAUAGACUUCAUGCCUGAUGGUACAACUUUGGCUAUAGGAUGUUCCCGGGGAAAGAUCUGCCAGUAUGACUUAAGACAACUGACAUCACCAGUGAAAACAGUUACUGCUCACAAAGGCUGUGUGAAAUGCAUACGUCUUCAGUUCAACAGCACUUUUUCCAAGUCUAACCUUACGGGUUCUUCAAAUAAACCUGUGUCCAAAAGAGUAGAAGUCAAAGCUAGUAGUAGUCUUGGAGGAAUUCAAAAUACUGGCAUCAAAAAUAUUGCCUCUCAAGCAUCAGCAACAGUUUCCUCUCAUGUUGCGUUGCCAAAUGAGAAUAAGGGAGGAGAGAUUCUUCAGGACAAAACAGGUUUUCCCCAUAGUUGCAGCUUGGAUGUCAUUCCAUCUAAAGAAACAGAUCAUGGGAAAAGUGCUGAAUUAAAUAAUUUUGAUGAUUUGGGUCGAAAUAGUUUAGGAGAUGUGUUUUCUCCAGUCAGAGAUGAUAUUAUUACAAAUAAAGUGACUGAAGGUUCUCAAGGAAAAGGUGUGGAUUUUCAGUCCUACCUUGUGGGUUUGGAUUUUCUCCCACAGUCGACCACCCCCUUUCCAGUAAAAAGAAACCCGGUGGGCAGUAGUGCACAGGGAAUACAGUCUAGCCCAUUGCAUGCAUUUGUGGGAUCUCCAAUUAAAGAGGAAGAAGAGCAUCCAGAGACURACACUAAGAAAAUAAGUAUUGGAAAACAAGAAUCUAAAGAAGUCGUAAAGCAGGUUUCAUUAUCAAGCUUAUCAAGCAUAGAGUCUGUUACUUCAAGUUCUCUACCAUCAUCCACUCCUGAUGCAAAUGAGAAACAGAAGAAUAUUCAGGCCCAUCCUGCAUAUGAACUGCCAGUAAAUGGUACUACCUCAGCAAGUUCAAAGAUAACAUCACCUGUCACUGCUGGAGUUGCAAGUUCAUUGUCAGAAAAAAUAGUAGAAACCAUUGGGAGUAGCAGACCAAAUGCACCUCUGACAUCAAUUCAAAUAAACUUCAUUCAGAAUAUGAUACAAGAAACAAUGGAUGACUUCAGAGAAGCAUGCCAUCGAGAUAUUGUGAAUUUGCAAGUGGAGAUGAUCAAGCAAUUCCAUAUGCAGUUGAAUGAAAUGCAUGCUUUACUUGAAAGAUACUCCGUAAAUGAAAGCUUAGUAGCUGAAAUCRAGAGACUGCGAGAGGAAAACAAAAGACUGAGGACUCACUUCUGAGAGAUUUACAUUGCUAAUUUUAUUAGCAUGAACUGACUACCGGUGAUGUGUUGUCUAUGGCAGAUCAUCUAUCAUCAGUGAAGUGUUGUUUGAAGAACCUACUAUUAUUUUGAACAUUAAUCUAUUCUUCUGAAUAACUGGUGUAAGAUAAUACUAUAUGUAAUUAUAAAAUUUGUAGCAGAUAGGCACUGUAUAAAGAAUAUUUGCAUCCUUAUGCUAACCACCUUGAAACACAGCCUUCUAACAGAAAAACUAAAAGGACAAGUACGUUAUUGGAGUUUUAGCAAUUCAUAAAGUGCCUUUUCAUAAACAAAGUUAAACAGGACAGAUGCUUUUACUGGAAGAAUUUUUUAUAUACCUACUUUUUUAUCAGCUUCUUUAUUCUACUGCUGUCAGAAACAAUCAUUACAGCUUGCCUUUCAGAUACUUUUCUUGAAGAAAAAGKGGAGCAGAAACUCCUCUUUUGCACAAUAUGGAGUCCUGUUUACAAGGAGCUGGAAAGUACAGUAGUCAGUUAAGUUUAUUCAAACWGGCAACUCUCCUGUCCUGAGUAAAACUAGAGCUUGAAAAUCUUCCCAUAUUCGGUGCCACAAUCUUUCUUAYUGAAUUCUGAAGUCUGAAAUUUGUUGUUGAAGAUGCUGCGUUAAGUGCACAAUGAGACUUUCUUGUUACUACUUUGGCUAUGAAACUAGAAUUCUUUUUAUUUACAUGUAUUUGAAUGUUGUCAUGGCUUGUCCAAUUUGAAUGCAGCUAUAGUCUUCAAAAUGUAAGCAUAUUAAUAGUACAGUCUGGAAUAAUACAGCAAUGUGUAAAUGAGGUCUUUCAGUCUUUGACUCAAGCACCUUUUGUGCCCAACCUCCACUUUCAUUCGUAGUGAACAACACUUAAUAAUGAGCAGUUGUGUUGCAGUUUUGCAUCUUGUUGGUUUAGCAUUAUUGUGGCCUUUUUGAGAUAGCUGCAUACCAAAUCUGUUAUCUUGUAUGAUUAACAUAACAACCAUUAAAGAGAGAUCAUUACUUCAGUAGCAUAAUAGUAUCAUACUGGUGUGUAAACAUUUCUGAAAUGAAGCUCAGUAUGAAGUCCUGACUAUUGAAAUGCGUGUGAUAUUUGGCUUGCCCUUUAUUUUGCCGAGAAGUUGAAAUAAAAACUUCAAUUUUAAAUCACUUGAAAAAUUAAAUGAAAAUUUUAAGUGAGUUAAAAAGUUCUCUGAAGGACUUCUACAGGUGCUUCUUGCUAUUUAAAUUGUUCUGGAGGCGUAAUUUACCCUCUAAUAUUUGCUUGUUUCUUUUCACAAAUUCAGAACUCAAGGAAAGUCUCAAGAACGGGGCAGGUUAAUUAGUUACAACAUCUAGUGUUUAAAUCCAUGGUGACACUCUUCUACUAAACGAGUAGAUAAAUAAUGAAAGCCAUCAUAUAUAGUGUAACUUAUUUUUAUAUGUUGCAAAACUAAAGGAAAACCUCAAACCUGUCUAUAACUUUUACUUACAUGUAACUAUUUUUUUAAAAAGAGACUUCCUUUUUUUAAUAUCCUUUAAUGAAAAACACAACAUUGUAGCAAAAUGAGGGUGUUCAAGUAGCCUUUAAUAUUAGGGAAAUGACUUCAAAUGUCUGUAGUUCUACUGCUUUUAUAAGCUUUUAAAAAUAUUUCUAUAUCACUUGUAACUUCAUAGUGAAAGGAAGCAAAGAAAGUUCGGAUUUUUUUAUUAACUUAACACAGUGUGGAGAACUCUUGGGUAAGGUCAUAGGAUAAGCAAGCUUGACACAUAGACCACAGUUCAUGAAGACAGUAGUAGUUGAAGGCAGCAAAAAUAUCUUAGCAUUCUUCUGCUUGCUUUCCAGUGUUAAUGAAGUAACCUUGCAUUUUUCCAUCUUCUAAUUUKUUCCUUAAGUGCUCUUGCUGGUGUACCUGGAUAACAGCAGGGAAUUAGACAAGUAUCCUGGGUAUUUUGCUUGUAGAUAAUUUGUUUUCUUGACUCAGAACUUUAUAAUGUUUUUUAAUUUCCAAAUGGACGUGACUAUAGCAAGAGUGAUUAAAAAGAUUCUUAGGGCUUUUGUCCAUAUCUCAGGAUURCUGCAGCACAAGUGGCUACACACGGUCUGUAGAGACUCACUAUGCCUGUCACUAUAAGGCUUUGUACACAAUCUGGUUUGUAUGUUAAAAUAAAGCUUGUUUUAACCKUUUUGAGAAAAAAGCUGUAGUGAUCUGCUUAUUA